GGAGGAGGAGGAAGAGGAGCAGGAGGGUUGAGACAGAUGUGAAUAACGGUCCCAACAGAGUUGAAGCCUAAUUUGGUUUGGUGGGCGUGGAGGAGCUGCUCUGAAGCUCUGCUCGAGUGAAAGGAGACGAGGAUUCCACAGCCACGACCCUCCGCAGCUGGACGUCCCGACGACACGAGGAAGUUUUCUCCGUGUGGCUGAUUUUAUAAAUCCCAGGAAGCGCCUCGUACCCCGCAGGAAUCGUUCGAUCUUCCCACAUCUCCUAAUAAAUCAUCAUGGCGAUAGUCCUCAACUCCAGCCCCAUCCUAUGGGCGAGGGUGGCCGCCAUGAUCUUCUCCUGCGUGGCCUUCUCCUUGGCCGUGCACGGAGGCAGACUCGUUGGCGGAGCCGGAGACUGGUGCAUCUUCUGCUGGGCCUUCAGCUUCGCCGGGACUCUGCUCGUCAUCCUGGUGGAGGUCUUCGGCCUCCAGGCCAGAGCUCCCGUUUCCUGGAAGAACUUCCCGAUCACCUUCGCCUGCUACGCCGCCCUGCUGUGCCUGUCGGCCUCCAUCAUCUUCCCCCUCUACUUCCUCAAGGGUUCCACGGGCUACGGUGACAUGGGCACCUACCGCAUCGUGUCGACCGUCUUCUCCUGCCUGGCCACCAUCGCCUACAUGACCGAGGUGAGCAUCAGCAAGGCGCGUCCGGGCGAGGUGGCCGGCUACAUGGCCACGGCCCCCGGCCUGCUGAAAGUCUGCGAGACCUUCGUGGCCUGCGUCAUCUUCGUCUUCGUCAGCGACCCCGUGGUGUACGACCGCAACCACGCGCUCAAGUUCUGCAUGUCCGUGUACUGCAUCUGCUUCAUCCUGUCGGCGGUCGUCAUCCUGCUCUGCAUCGGCGAGUGCACCGGCUGCCUGCCCUUCCCCUUUGCGCGCUUCCUCUCCGGCUACGCCCUGCUGGCCGUGGCCCUCUACCUGUCGGCGACCAUCGUCUGGCCCAUCUUCAACUUCGACCCCAAGCACGGCGGGUCGAAAAAUCGGCCGAGCCACUGCAACUCCGACAUGGGCCUGUGCGGCUGGGACAAGCUCAUGGCGGUGGCUGUGCUCACGGGGGUCAACUUCGUCCUUUACCUGGCCGACCUGAUCUACUCCUCCCGCCUGGUGUUUGUCAGCGCUUGAAGGGAAGAAGAAAGGGUGUAAGGCCAGCAGUGUGCUUCAGAUAAAAAAAACCGAAUCUGGCUGGAUCUCAGAGGGCUGUCGAACAGCGGUCAAAUUUUGGUGGUGCUAUGAAAUGCUUUUGUAAUCUCUGCAACGCCGGUCUUGUUAAGGGUCAUGGGUCACGAUGGCAGCUGAUAUAGUUUACCGUAUGGUUGUAAUUUAGAAAUUAGCAUAUUUGAAGUAUUUGAUUUUUUCACAAUUGCACUGGUACAACACAAAAGUACCCGAAGUACCAGGGACACAAGCUCUUGCGUAAUGGCAGAGUCAUGAACCACUGGAGACAAUGUUAUCAGCGGGUCUUUUCUAAGAUGUUGACAUUGGUAAUCUAAUCAAACAGUUUUUGGGAGGUUUUUUGGCCCGAUCCUCACAGUUUUGCCUCUGCAAACCUGCCAAAUUACCUUUUGUGUAAAGCAUACUGCUUUGGACCUUAGCGGGAGAGAGAAGAGGGAGAGGUUGAGGUCGAUCUGUAAGGACAAGUGAAGGAAUAACAAAGAUAUUGGCGGCUUAUCAUGUAUUUUUUUUUAAAUGUGUUCAAUAAUGUUAUAAAAAAACUGCUGAUCAGUAUUUCCGUUUUUAAUCAAUAAAGGACAAAGUGUAGAACAGAUAAUGAGCUGUUAAGAGCUAUUGGAGAAAUGAUUGGAAUGCCAUAAUUAUGGAAAUGCAAGACUUUCAAGAAAGUUUUGUUUAUUUUUUUGAUAAUUUCAUUCAUGCAAUUGACUGUCUUAUCUCCUCAACAGUAUCAAGAGCGGCUGAUCAGAUGGUUUUCUUUAUGUCAUUUUUAAUGUCACAUUUACAUGAUGAGCAAGAAUCGUUUAAACAUUGUUAAGAUGAUGCUGGCUAGCUUUUUGCUCCUGUUAUGAUGUAUAUGUAUAGCUGUAUCUGCAAGCUACAAUUACUGGGAAGAAUAUAUAUAUAUAUAUAUAUGUGAAAAGAACAUAAGAAUGUGGAAUUAAAAAAAAACAAGAGAAGUAUGUUUAAAGUGCACUUAAAAUUGGUAUUUCCCUUGUGUGUUUAAAUGUCUCACUUGUUAACACCAAACUCACGCCACUAAAUGUGUUGUCAAUUGGCUCCUUUGGUUUUUUACUGCUGUAUUAACAACUCAGAGAAAGAGACCACAAUAUGGGGGUGGUGUUAGUAUUAUAUUCGUUUUUAUAUUCCCCUUUUCAUGUUUUGACCGUGCGUACCACAUCAGUGUUGUAUGAAAAUAAUUCAGUAUGUCAAUAAAACCACAUGUUAAAUAUG